UCCACAAGAACAGUUCAGCCAGCCCCUCUCCCAGUCAGUCCUGUUCAGGGGUUUGGUGCUCAACACCAAAUUCUGAACAGUCUCAGCCUCUAAUGUGCUGGGAGUGUUGGGAGUAAAGAGAAAAGAGGCAGAAAGAGAAGAAGGUAAGAGAGAGAGAGAGUGAGGAACAUACAUUUUUCUCCUAAUUGGGAAGGAAACAUUCUUAUUCCUGAAACAAACUCUAAAAGGUCGGCUGGUCCUGCCAUGACGUGCCUCCUGUUUCUAUGUUCCUUGAUGGCCCUGAGCCGGGCCCUGCCUUUUGAACAGAGAGGAUUCUGGGAUUUCGGCCAGGACGACGUACUGGGCAUGUUGAAUGAUGAGGAGUCGUCUGGAGCUGAGCCGACCUCUGGGGUGCCAGACUUCGAUGCCAUGACCCCGACGUUUAAUGGCAUGUGCCCAUUUGGUUGUCACUGCCACCUACGGGUCGUUCAGUGCUCAGACCUCGGACUGAAGACGGUGCCCAAAGAGAUUUCCCCAGACACCACGCUCUUGGACCUGCAGAACAAUGAAAUUACAGAACUCAGAAAAGAUGAUUUCAAAGGUCUUCAGCACCUUUAUGCCCUCGUCCUCGUGAACAACAAAAUCUCCAAGAUCCACGAGAAGGCUUUCAGCCCCCUGCGUAAGCUGCAGAAGCUCUACAUCUCCAAGAACCACCUGGUGGAGAUUCCUCCCAACCUGCCUGGCUCCCUGGUGGAGCUGCGGAUCCACGAUAACAAAAUCAAGAAGGUGCCCAAGGCGGUGUUCAACGGACUGAGGAACAUGAACUGCAUUGAAAUGGGUGGCAACCCCCUGGAGAACAGCGGGUUCGAACCUGGAGCAUUCGAUGGCCUGAAGCUGAACUACCUGCGGAUAUCCGAGGCAAAGCUCACGGGCAUUCCGAAAGAUCUCCCAGAGACCCUGAAUGAGCUCCACCUAGAUCACAACAAAAUCCAGGCGAUUGAGUUGGAAGAUCUGCUUCGUUACUCCAGGCUGUACAGGCUGGGACUGGGUCACAAUCACAUCAGGAUGAUUGAAAAUGGAAGCUUGACCUUCAUGCCCACCCUGAGAGAACUGCAUCUGGACAACAACAAGCUGGCUAAGGUUCCCCCAGGCCUGCCCGACCUCAAAUUCCUCCAGGUGGUUUAUCUCCAUUCCAACAAUAUCACCAAAGUGGGAGUGAAUGAUUUCUGCCCCAUCGGCUUUGGGGUGAAGCGAGCCUAUUAUAACGGCAUCAGCCUCUUCAACAACCCAGUGCCCUACUGGGAGGUGCAGCCGGCCACCUUCCGCUGCGUCACUGACCGCCUGGCCAUCCAGUUUGGGAACUACAAGAAAUAAAGAGGCAGGCGAAGGGCAGUGGGGCAGGAGGGAGGAAAAGGCUGGGGCCUAGAAUGAAACAAGCAAGGAGAGAGAGAGGGAGGGAGGGAGAAAGAGAGAGAGAGAGAUGCAUCAAAAACCCUUAGUUUAACUUUCUUUUCCAUUCUGUGCCCAUUGCAUAUAAGGACACAGCUGUUAUUAGAUGAGGAAGCUGUCCUAGGUUGCAGGUAGCAGUGGCAUAGAUUAAAAGACUUGUAGUCCUGUUUUUACAUGCUUAAAACAAAAUCCUCAUUGGCCUCCAGACUUUAGAAACAUUCCCCACCCAAUGGUAUUUGGUAGCCAAAAUACAUUUUUUUGGUCUCCUCCUGGCCGUGUCCCUUAAGCAUUCCUCUUUUGAUCUCAAAUAUAGAUUUCUUGAAGCUUUAAUUUUGGCAUUUUAUUUGGUUCUGGAUGUGUGAAGUUUACAGUCGUCUGUAAUCUAACUCCAGCAAUCCCACUUCAUCCAACCCCAUAUGGGUAUUUAUUUCUCUCUCUCCCACCCCCUCUCCCUGACAUCAGAUGGUCUCCCCUCCUCUUCAACUUCACCCCACUGCCCUUUUUUCACCACACCUCCAGAGGUAAAGACCAGAUCACAAAAUGAAAAUCUGACAAUGUUGUAGCUUAAGGUGAGUUGAAAGUAAGUAAUGGAUGUCACAGUAAUUUUCCCUUAGGCGCUCCCCUCCCACCCUCCAAAAAAGGACUGUACAGGAUCGAGAGUAGUAGCAUCUACUUCCUGUAUACGCUUUCUAAAAAUCAUCCCUUAUGAUGGGUAUUCAACAGUAACUGUUCCAGGGCUGGAAGUUCAUUUUUGCAUGAUGACCUAGUGGUUUAGUUCAUAUCCGGGGGACACGUUGUACCACCUGGGAAGAGAUUUCAGCCUAUAUGAAAAAUUCUCUGAGGAAGUUGAGAGGGAGAGGAAUAAGGACCUGCUAGAUGACUCCUUAGUUACAGUGAAACAACAGUCCCAAAACAGGAAGGAAUUUCAUGGAGAAGACAGAUGGUAAUAACUGGAUGCUUAUUAGGAAUGACGAGAAGGGAAGCCGGUAGAGGAAUCUGUUCACAGGUCACCCGAGACCCAACAGAAGUUCUCUAGAGAGCUGGAUUUGCUCCGGGCCUAAACUAUAGGUGGUUCCUCUGUCACCCUUUGAAGGUUCAGCUAUUGACACUCACCUGGGCUCUGGGUGCUUGCAGGCAAGACGGGGAAAGAGCUCAGUUCAGGCCAUUGGCAGUUGAAAAUCCGCCCAGAUUGGAUGAUGAGCUUGAGUGUGGCCAAAUUCCACUUCUUGGCCCCAACUACUGAGUCGUGUCUGGAUGUGGAUGCUGGAAAUGCUUAAGUCGGUGGCCAGGUUUCAAAUCACCAUCAAAAUCCAAAAAAAAAAAAUAAUGAAGCCCAAAGAAAAGUGAUGGUAAUUUUUUCGAUGACAUCUUCACUGAUCAGUGAAUAGUGGAGAAAACCAUCCAUAUUCUAUGUACAUCCUUCAUUUUAAUAAAACCUUUCUCACCUCCCUUCCUUCUGCACCAUCCUCCUUCACGUGUUUCAGAAUCCUGAGAAGGAACGAUGCUGUCUAGAGAACCACAGAUAGGCUUUCAACCCUGGGUCCACCCCCGUCUUCCCUCCACCUCUCUCAGUACGGGCCAAGAUCCCCAACCAGGUUCCGGCCUUCAGCAUGUGGAGAAUAUUUGAGGGUGUGAGUGUGAAAAAUAUCCCAGGGUGAAAGAGAAGAAAAAAUACUUGCUUGUAUGGGUUGGGGAUGGAUCCCUGUCCCCUCUCUGGUUUCUAUUACUUCUGCCCUCUGUUUAAGUGUAUUGCGAGGAAUCUUUCUGGGUGAAAUUACACCACCUUACAAAGCAAAUUUCUUUUUAUCUCUUUUUUAAACCAAGUGCAAUAUGAUCCCUGUAAUGGUGUUCAAUAAAGGAUAGUGUUUGACUGCC